GCGUCGAUGACUGUCUGUGGCGCCCUCGCGGUUGAUCAUCAACACGAGAAUUUUCGGUCUAAGCCAUGGGUAAACAACAAUGUUGUCGCAUUCACCACCUCCUCGUCACCUCCAUCCUUUUUCCUCCUCAAGAGCCAACGGAAAAGACGCACAUCGUUUCUUCAUCCCUUCCCGAGACGCUCCCUUGGCCAAUCCCCCGAGUCUUUCUCUGUUCUCGGGGUCCAAGUCUCCAAGCACAAUGUCGUCCCGUCCUUUCCACAAAGAGGCUGAUCCCGCCAGCCCUCGCUACCCGAGACAAGUCUAUCUUCGACUCCCAGACGACUACAUCACCGGCGACGCGGUCCCACAUGUCUCCCCGGUCUACGGACCUGACCCAAGACCCGGCUCUCCCUUUAGACUGUCUCUCCACCAAUACCCCGCCUACGAUGGCCGAUGGGGGUACCAUCACGACGACGAGGAACUGCCUUCCUGGACGACCAGGUCCAAGGAUUGGUGCAAGACUUCCAUGACGAAGCUCCGAAAUGCGCUGACGAUAGCGCACAAGCAGUCUCCGAUCGUGACCUGCUGCGCCUAUGGUGUGAUGCUUUUCCUCUUCCUGCUCUGGAUCACCUCGCUUUUCCGGGGAGUCUGGGCGUGACGGCGCCCAUAUCACUUGUUCCAUACCAUCUGAAGCCGGGGUGUCUUGCAAGGACGGAAGAACUGUGGUUUAUCAUCCAUCGCGCUUCUUGUACAGCAUGGCGUCAAGAAUCUGUGGUUUCAUCUAUUUCUGUUCUUCUCUUUAUAUGGCAAGGAAUCAGUCUCGACCAGUCCUGGCAUCCUCAUUGCUGUAUCAAGUGUCCAAAGACAGUGCCAAAGCGGGAAAUGUCCGGCGUCACGGGCUGCUAAAACCCCAUGGGACCCCGAAGCUCCCGCUGUCUCAGACUUUUGAGUGACUUGAAAUGCGUCA